GCGCAGCGGCCGUUGCCGUAAAGCGCGCCGCGGCGCCGUAAAGCGUCCCGCGGAGGCGGCGCAGUAAGAUGGCGGCGGCUGGGCCUGGAGCCGGUGGCGGAGGAGCAGCCGGGGCCCCCAGGGCCCGCGCCUGAGGGACGGCCUGGAGCUCCCGGGAGUCGGGUCGUUGUCAGCGAACCUCCAGCCCUGGCCUCGGCGCUCGCCUGCGACACCGCCGCGCUCCGGACGGGGUGAACGCACAAGAAAACAAGAUGUCAGACAAAGGGAGCAGCAUGGACGGGAAGACGGACAUAGUGAAUGGCAGCUUGUCCAGCAGCCCAGAGGAGAUGUCAGCUGAGGAAGGCCGAGAAACAUCCUCCGGUAUCGAAGUGGAGGCCUCCGACCUCAGCUUGAGCCUUACGGGAGAUGAUGUGGGGCCCAACCGCACCAGCACAGAGAGCCGGGACACAGACACGGAGAGCUCGGGGGAAGAGAAGGACUCUGACAGCAUGGAUGACACGGGCCACUACUCCAUAAACGAGGAGAACCGGGCCCACGACCGGUCGCACUCGGAGGAGGAAGAAGAGGAGGACGAAGAGGAGGAGCAGCGGUCCCACCGCCGCGCCCAGCGCAAACGUGCCAACCACGAUCAAGACUCCUCGGACGACGAGCAGGCCCUGGAGGACUGGGUGUCCUCGGAGACCACAGCGCUGCCCCAGCCCCGCUGGCAGGCGGUCCAUGCCCUCCGGGAACGGGAGCUGGGCUCCAGCUCCCGCUUUGUCUACGAGGCCUGCGGGGCCAGGGUUUUCGUGCAACGCUUCCGCCUCCAGCACGGCCUCGAGGGCCACACGGGCUGCGUCAACACCCUGCACUUUAACCAGCGCGGCACGUGGUUGGCUAGCGGCAGCGACGACCUCAAAGUGGUGGUUUGGGACUGGGUCAGGAGGCAGCCGGUGCUGGAGUUUGAGAGCGGCCAUAAGAGCAACGUCUUCCAGGCUAAGUUCCUUCCCAACAGCGGCGACUCCACUCUAGCCAUGUGCGCUCGGGACGGCCAGGUCCGGGUAGCUGAGCUCUCCGCCACCCAGUGCUGCAAAAACACCAAGCGCGUGGCACAGCACAAGGGAGCUUCACACAAGCUGGCCCUAGAACCGGAUUCUCCAUGCACUUUCCUAUCGGCAGGUGAAGAUGCUGUAGUCUUCACCAUUGAUUUGCGACAAGACCGGCCUGCCUCGAAACUGGUUGUGACAAAGGAAAAGGAGAAGAAAGUGGGUCUGUAUACCAUCUACGUGAACCCAGCCAAUACCUACCAGUUUGCUGUGGGAGGCAGAGAUCAGUUUGUGAGGAUUUACGACCAGCGGAAAAUAGAUGAGAACGAAAACAACGGCGUGCUCAAGAAGUUCUGCCCUCACCACUUGGUAAACAGCGAGUCCAAAGCUAACAUCACCUGUCUCGUGUACAGCCACGACGGGUCAGAGCUCUUGGCCAGCUACAACGAUGAAGACAUUUAUCUCUUCAACUCCUCUCACAGCGACGGAGCGGAGUAUAUCAAGAGAUACAAGGGACAUCGCAAUAAUGCCACUGUGAAAGGCGUCAAUUUUUAUGGCCCGAAAAGUGAGUUUGUGGUGAGCGGCAGCGACUGUGGCCACAUCUUCCUGUGGGAGAAGUCGUCCUGCCAGAUCGUGCAAUUCAUGGAGGGCGACAAGGGAGGAGUGGUGAACUGCCUCGAGCCGCAUCCUCACCUCCCCGUGCUGGCCACCAGCGGCCUCGACCACGACGUCAAGAUCUGGGCGCCCACGGCGGAGAACCCCACCGAGCUGGCCGGCCUGAAGGAGGUGAUCAAGAAGAACAAGCUGGAGCGGGACGAGGACAGCCUGCACCACACGGACAUGUUCGACAGCCACAUGCUCUGGUUCCUCAUGCACCACCUCCGACAGAGGCGCCAUCACCGGCGUCGAAGAGAGCCCGGGGCGCCGGACGGCGACUCGGACGAGUCUCCCAGCUCCUCCGACACCUCCGACGACGAGGAGGAGGGGCCGGACCGGGUGCAGUGCAUGCCUUCGUGAGACCACCGCCGCCGGGCCCCCGGGCUGGGGCGACGGGAGGCCCCCCCCCCCCCCCCCCCCAAAAAAUCUCUACUAACACUUUUGAGCUUUUUAUUGACAUGUUAAGGCCCCCUCCCCAUCCUCGUAGCCCCGCUGCCCCCGGGGAGCCCGGACCAUCCUUGGGGAAAGGGCUGGAGCCCUUUGGGGGACGGGGAGGGGGCUGGAGGCAUCGCGCCCCUGGGAGCGGAGCGGUGGCCCCGGGGCCUCCCUUCCCUCCCCAGGACCCGCGCGGGGACGGGGGGGCUUCGGGGGCCGGCACCGCGGGAUUUUUGUACUCAUUUUCCCAGCGCGGGAGUGUGGCUCCCCUCUCGCCCCAUCCCGCGAGGCCGGGCGUCCCCUCCUCCCUUUGCUUUUCGGUCCCUUUGGGGGACGAUUUGGGCCCGGGCCCUUCCCCGGCGCCAGCCCUGGCGCUCUGCAGGGCUUCCCCUCACCCCCCCCCGGGCUCCGGCGGACCCCCCCGGGCUCCGGCCGCUCCUCCCUCCCUGCCACGGGGGCGUUUGCAGAGAGAUGCUUGUCUAGUUUGUACAUAUCAGUGAUUUGCACUUGGUUUGCCCCUUCUCCCCCGUCCCUUUACGCCCCGCUGUCCCCCGCUGUCCCCUCCCUCCGCCGGGGGACGGGGCAUCGGCCCCACCUGCGAGGAGACAGGAAAGUCCUUUAAUUUUCUGUUACUUUUAAGGAGAUCUCUUAUUUUGGGAGCUGCGGCGAGGACUCCCCCCCCCCCCCCCAUCACUGGUUAGAGGCCUAAUUUUAUAUGUAUUAAAAACCAAAUCGAACUUGGAUGUUAUCAAGUUAAAAUUAUUGUAAAAGUUUGAAUAUAUAUUAUAUAUAAAUGCAAUAAAAACCAAUGGAGAGAC